GUCGGCAACAUGACGCGGAGGUUGACCCGCCUCUCCGAGGAAACGCCGCAGGGAGCAGGGCAGUCGCCGGCGAUCAUUCACACCGAUGACGAAGACUUGGUGAGCCUGACGGAACUGAAGCACCUGGUCGACUCCUUGGACGGCAUCCGCAGCGGGACGGUCGAUUUCUCGCUGCUGGUGGCUUCCACGCUGCCGCCAGAGGUGUUCAGAGACGAGACGCGCGUCGCGGAGAUCUUCGACCAGUUCGACUUCAAGAGGCAAGGCAGGAUCGGGCCGAGGGAGCUGCAGACCUACAUGGCUCCCGCCGUUGAGAGGACGGACAACAGACUCAGGUUCUACGUAGACAUGAUAGCAGAGUUCGACCUGAACAAGGACGGCGUCCUGGACAGGGAGGACAUUCGGGUCUAA